AUGGGGCACUGGGCGCUGCUGCGCUGGGUUUCUGCUACGCUGUGGCUGGCGCUGGCCGCUCUGCCCGCAGCCCUGGCCGCCAACAGCAGUGGCCGAUGGUGGGGCAUCGUGAACGUAGCCUCCUCCACGAACCUGCUGACCGACUCCAAGAGUCUACAACUGGUGCUCGAGCCCAGUCUUCAGCUGCUGAGCCGCAAACAGAGGAGGCUGAUCCGCCAGAACCCGGGGAUCCUGCACAGCGUGAGCGGGGGGCUGCAGAGCGCUGUGCGAGAGUGCAAGUGGCAGUUCCGCAACCGCCGCUGGAACUGCCCCACAGCUACGGGGCCCCACCUCUUCGGCAAGAUCGUCAACCGAGGCUGUCGGGAAACGGCGUUUAUUUUCGCUAUCACCUCCGCCGGGGUUACCCAUUCGGUGGCGCGCUCCUGCUCAGAGGGCUCCAUCGAGUCUUGCACGUGCGACUAUCGGCGGCGCGGCCCUGGGGGCCCCGAUUGGCACUGGGGGGGCUGCAGCGACAACAUCGACUUCGGCCGCCUCUUCGGCAGGGAGUUUGUGGACUCCGGGGAGAAGGGGCGGGACCUGCGCUUCCUCAUGAACCUUCACAACAACGAGGCUGGCCGCACGACUGUGUUCUCUGAGAUGCGCCAGGAGUGCAAGUGCCACGGGAUGUCGGGCUCGUGCACGGUGCGCACGUGCUGGAUGCGGCUGCCCACGCUGCGCGCCGUGGGCGACGUGCUGCGCGACCGAUUCGAUGGCGCCUCGCGCGUCCUCUAUGGCAACCGCGGCAGCAACCGCGCCUCGAGGGCGGAACUGCUGCGCCUGGAGCCCGAGGACCCGGCGCACAAGCCGCCCUCCCCCCACGACCUCGUCUACUUCGAGAAAUCGCCCAAUUUCUGCACGUACAGCGGACGCCUGGGAACGGCGGGGCGGCCGGGGCGCGCCUGCAACAGCUCCUCGCCAGCGCUGGACGGCUGCGAGCUGCUCUGCUGUGGCCGGGGCCACCGUACGCGCACACAGCGCGUCACCGAGCGCUGCAACUGCACCUUCCACUGGUGCUGCCACGUCAGCUGCCGCAACUGCACGCACACGCGCGUACUGCACGAGUGUCUGUGAGGACGCUUCGCGGACUCGCCCCCAGGAAGCGUUCCCCUCUAGCCCACCCGGAUACGUGCCCACCCAGUCCCUCCAGCCACAACCCCCGCGAUUCAUACGUGCGCGAUCAUUUCUCCCACCUCCUCCUACCGGGGACUCCUGAAAACCACUUGCCUGGGCCGGCAUGAACCCUCUUGCCAUCCUGAUGGACCUGCCCCGGACCUACCUCCCUCCCUCUCCCGGGAGACCCCUUGUUGCACUGCCCCCUGCUUGGCCAGGAGGUGA